CUAGAAAAUGAGAGAAAUCAUAACAUUGCAGAUAGGACAGUGUGGCAACCAAAUAGGCUCGUCGUUCUGGCACCGUUUGUCUUCGCUCCAUCAAGCAUCGCAUCCCUCGCAGUUUUUCUAUCUUGCUGAUGACAACACGCCGGUGCCGCGUGCUAUUCUGCUUGACCUUGAGCCACGCGUAAUUUCCCAGAUCACCAACAUGGGACUCUUCAAUCACGAAAACAUUUUUGUGUCAAACGAAGGCGGAGGAGCUGGCAAUAACUGGGCAAGUGGUUAUCUCUCAGCACAGAGUAAAAAAAGCGAAAUUUUUGAGAUGAUACACAGGGAGAGUGAGAACAGCGACAUGCUUGAAUCAUUUUUUAUCUUGCACUCAAUUGCCGGCGGAACGGGCAGCGGUAUGGGCUCUUAUCUUAUAGAGGAGCUGCGCGAUGAGUUUCCCAAGAAGAUUCUGCAGUCGUUUUCAGUGUUUCCAAACAAUGAGGAGGUGUCCGACGUAGUUGUACAGCCAUAUAAUUCUAUGCUUACGUUGAAGAGACUCAAUGGGUGCUGUGAUAGCGUUGUUGUGAUGGACAACGCCGCGCUCGGAAGGAUCUCAUCUGAGUCCUUGCGUAUAAAGCAGCCCUCAUACGAAACGAUCAACUCCCUGAUCAGCACGGUGAUAUGUGCGAGCACGUGCACGCUGCGCACACCAACAUACAUGUACUCCGACCUGAAGAGUAUAGUAAGCACGCUCAUACCUGUCAAAGGCCUAAACUUUAUUGUGCCGUCGUAUACCCCCUUCAUAAACAAGGACUGUGCGCAAAUCAUACGGAAGACAACCGUCAAUGAUGUACUCAGAAGACUCAUGAUGAGCAAAAAUAAACUUGCAGGCAUUGAAACACGUGCAGUCAUCUCUGCACUCACUUUCUUCAUCAAUACGACAGAAAUUGGCGAGGUGCAACGGAGUAUGAUUCGAAUACAGGACAAGCAAUUUGUAGGGUUCGUUCCUUGGAUGCCCCCAUCGUUCCAUGCCGUGGUAUGCCAGGAGGAGAAUGCGAGCGAGCAGGUGUCCGGUCUUUCACUCACCAAUUCAACCGGGGUGUCUGCGCUUCUCCGCAAGAUCUGCGGGCAAUACGACAAGUUGAAGAGAAAAAACGCGUUUACCGAAAUGUACAGGAAAUAUUUGGAUGGCCUUGAUGAGUUUGAUGCCAGCAGGGAAGUGGUCGAGCAGCUGAUAGCUGAGUAUGAAAGAUGCGAGUUAACGUCUUUCUGCGAAAGAUAGAGCUGAUGCAUCUCAUGUAACCGUGUUUUUCUGGCGUGUAUGUUACAAAUGGAUCAAUUCGCUUGUUCGAAAAUAAAAAUUUUCAUCUCUAACCUUCCCAUGGCCAGGUAAGCGGCAGAUUGUUCUGCCAGUAUGUGUGAUGCUGUUAAAUGGUGAAGUCAGAAUCAAAAGGUCGUUGUAAGAGUUGCAUUAUCUCUGCGUAGCAAUUAAUAGCAAGGCUGCACCCCACAAAUGAUAACUUAUAAAUCAGUUAUGUUCAGAAAGUAUCUUUGUUGAACAGUAAAACCAACCGAAAUAUUUGAUAUUCCAUAUUUACGAUAAAGAGCUCUAUAAGAAGCUUUCGUCCCAUUGUUGCACGAUAUCAAUUAUCGCUUGUUGUUAAAACUACCAGAAUUAUUACCGAGGACCGAAUCGUUGAUCGAGAACUGUUGGCUACGCUUUCCCUGUUUUACAGAGAAAGGCAUUGACACAGCUACCCGCUGCAAACAUCGUUUAACAUCGGUGCUACAGAUGUAUGUCCAAAUUUCAGCUUUAUUUAAAAAUUUUAACCUUUUUAAAGAUCGAGGAGAAACCUUUUGGUAUCGGCAUUCCCUUCAAAUCCUCAAAGUUCCUUUUUGGCACCUUUGCAACGACAUCCUCUGCAUUCUCUGCCCUGAACAUUCCCUCAUAAACGAAAUACUCUAUCAUUA